GCGGCCAACAGCGCACGGUAGGAGCGGAAUACUUCGCAAAUACGCAAAACCGGCAUACGAGCGAGGCAUAAUUGCUCUCCAACCCCAACCCAUGAUGACCAUACCCAGAGGUUUAGCAGCAGCAGUGUUAGUGUACAUCCGAAGACAUACUCAUACCGGCGCCGUACGGCGGUGUAGGUGACCGGACCGGGCGGUACGCCCCACGCCCCGUCUCCGACACCGGCUCAGCAGCGGCGAGACAGGCAAGGCAGGCCUUUAUCCCGCCCUGACCGCGGAGUACACCCACCGACCGCGGGGUAAAGAAAGUGGCAGGCUAAUCCGCUGUUCAUUCUUAAACCCAACCCCAACCCCAACCCCAGCAGCUCAGCCCAACCCCAGCCCCCAGAUCCUGAAUUCCUGAUCCCACUCGCUCGCUGCCAUCCGUGUCCUUCGCUCGCGCUCUCCCCCAACCCCACCAGCCACCACACGGUCCUCUCCUCUCGCCCUCGCUCUCCCUCGCAGCCCGCCAGUUCGCUUCACUCCACUCCCCAGUGGCAGUGGAGUCCAUUUCCCAACACCCGCUCAGUUCGCCCGCCAGCCUCAGAACUCGCUUGUCCGCUUCGCAGCGGCCGAGGCGGCGCACAUGGCGGUGCCCCCUCCCCCCCUCCUCAUCCUCGCCCAGCUGCUCUGCAUCCUGCUCCUCGGCGCGCGCGCGGCGCUGCACGAGCGGGACGCGGCGGCGCUGCGGGACGUGCGGGCCGGCCUGCGGGACCUGCCGGGGUCGCGCUUCUUCGAGUCCUGGGACGACGGCGCGUCCGCCCCGUGCGCCUACGCCGGCGUCGUGUGCGCGCCCGACGAGGACGACCCCUCCGGCGCGCUCCUCCGCGUGUCGGUGCUCACGCUCGGCACCGGCCUCUCCGACUCCCCCGGCCUGGCCGGCAGCGUCCCGGCCUCGCUCGCCAGCCUCACCGCGCUCACCGACCUCGUCCUCUACCCGGGCCGCGUGGGCGGCUCCAUCCCGGAGGACAUUGGGUCGGGCCUCCGCCGCCUCAGGCUCCUCUCGCUGGCCGGGAACCAGCUCACCGGGCCCGUGCCCGAGUCCCUGGCGGGGCUGCCGGAACUGCACACGCUCGACCUCGGCAACAACCGCCUCGAGGGCGCGAUUCCCUCCGGCCUGCUGCUGCCGUCGUCCCCGAGCCUCAAGGUGCUCAUCCUGGCCAACAAUGUCGGCCUCUCCGGGCAGAUUCCCGACCAGUUUCCCAGCUCGCAGCUGUUCCACGUCGACCUCAGCCACAACGCGAUAACCGGCGCGCUCCCGCCCCUGCCUCCGACGCUCCGGUACCUCUCAGUGGCCGGGAACUCGAUGGAGGGGACCCUCGACGGAGCCUUCGCCGGCAACGGCCACGGCCCAGCCGACCUGGCAUUCCUCGACCUGUCGAUGAACGACUUCUCGGGCUCGAUCCCGCCGGAGGUGUUCGCGCUCCCGAGCGCUUCGUCGCUGCUCCUGUCCCGCAACAACUUCACGGGGUCGCUGGUCGUGCCAGAGGCGCCCGCGUCCGCGACGCCGCCGUGGUCGGUGGUGGACGUCAGCCAUAACGGCCUCUCGGGCGAGGUCCCGGGGGCGCUGGCGGCGGCGGGGAGCCUGUACGUGAACAACAACAAGAUCUCCGGAGAGGUCCCGGAGGCGGUGGCCCGCAGCGUGUUCGACGGGCGCAUGACGACCUUCUACGCGCAGCACAACUUCCUGACGGGGUUCCCGGUGCCGCCGACCCCGCUGCCGGACUCCACGGCGCUGUGCCUCUCCUACAACUGCAUGGACCUCCCGUCCGCCUCCGCCGCCGACGGGUGCCCCACGAUCGGCGGGCCCCUGGAGUCGAGGCCCGCGGACCAGUGCCGGAGCAGCGGCGGCGACGGCUGAGCCUUCGACGCCGACGACGCCCCGUGGGCUGACAGGUGGGGCUCGGCCAUCGCGUCGCGUCUCCGGCUCCCGCGCGGCACGGGCGGGUCACCCACCGGGUUCACGCAUUUUGGUUUGUCCGGUUGGUUGUUUGGGCCGUGGUUUCUUCAUGUGAUUUGGGUUUGAAUUUAUCCGUCGUCGGGCGCGCAACGGUCACGCGGCGACGAGGCUGGGUCGGUGUCGAUUCGUGGGUGCGUGCGUGUGUGUGUGCGUGUGUGCUGUUACUGCUCGCCGGUUUGGGUGUGUACGUUGCGUCCAAAAGGAACCCGUGGCGGCCUCGGCAAGGCAGUAAUGCCAAUUUAAGCAUUUCGGCCCAUGCCCUGCCUACCGCAACAGGACAACCUAAUGUUGGCGUUGCUGCUAUGUAUAGAUAGCUGCCUGCCUAGCUGACUGCACUAGUUUCUCUCAGACGUUUAAGUCGGAAAUGUUGUUGUGUUUUCUUUCAGUCAAUAGGUUCUGUGCUAUACAAUCGUACUACAGUACUAUUUGUUGUUGA